CGGCGGCCGCUCUCCUGAAGCUGCCGCGGCCGCCGCCACCGCCGGGAGCUCCAUGGGCUUCUCCUGCGCGCCGCCCCGUGUCUGGCCGCGUCCAGGGAACCGCGGCGCCGGGUGCCGGGGAGUCAUCGCUGCAGCCCGAGGCGGGAUCCCGGGUCGGGGACUGCAGAGGGAGGAGGCGGCGGGAGCCCCACCGGGGGCCUGGGACUGGGGAACUGCCUCCGGCUUCACGAUGCCAGUAUGGACAGAAUAACUUAUGAUGCUCAACCCCGCCCACCACUUCCGAGACAUUGAACGAAAACCUGUAUACCUCCAGCCAGAGAAGUGCAUCCCACCUCCCUACCCUGGUCCUGUGGGAACCAUGUGGUUUAUCCGCGACGGCUGUGGCAUUGCCUGUGCCAUUGUCACCUGGUUUCUGGUCCUCUAUGCGGAGUUCGUGGUCCUCUUUGUCAUGCUGCUUCCAUCCAGAGACUACGUGUACAGCAUCAUCAAUGGGAUCCUUUUCAACGUGCUGGCCUUCUUGGCCCUGGCUUCCCACUGCCGGGCCAUGCUGACGGACCCCGGGGCCGUGCCCAAAGGAAAUGCUACUAAAGAAUUUAUCGAGAGUUUGCAGCUGAAGCCUGGGCAGGUGGUGUACAAGUGUCCCAAAUGCUGCAGCAUCAAACCCGACCGAGCCCACCACUGCAGUGUCUGUAAGCGGUGCAUUCGCAAGAUGGACCACCACUGCCCCUGGGUCAAUAACUGUGUCGGAGAGAACAACCAGAAGUACUUCGUCCUGUUUACAAUGUACAUAGCUCUCAUUUCCUUGCACGCCCUCAUCAUGGUGGGAUUCCACUUCCUGCAUUGCUUUGAAGACGACUGGACAAAGUGCAGUUCCUUUUCGCCGCCCACCACGGUGAUCCUCCUCAUCCUCUUGUGCUUUGAGGCACUGCUCUUCCUCAUUUUCACGUCAGUGAUGUUUGGAACCCAGGUGCACUCCAUCUGUACGGAUGAGACGGGAAUAGAACAAUUGAAAAAGGAAGAGAGAAGAUGGGCUAAAAAAACAAAGUGGAUGAACAUGAAAGCUGUGUUCGGCCACCCCUUCUCCCUAGGCUGGGCCAGCCCCUUUGCCACGCCAGACCACGGGAAGGCAGACCCGUACCAGUAUGUGGUCUGAAGGACCCCGAGCUGGCUGGCACCCAGACAGCCACAUCACAGCACUACCGUCCGACCCGCUCUCAUGAAUGUUAAAACUGAAAAGCAAAACAACUACACUUAAAACUUUUUUUUAAUGUCUCAAAAUGGCUGAGCAUUGCAGAGAAAAAAAAAAAACCUUUUAUUUUUGAAAAAACAUCAUUUGAUUUUUUUUUUUCUUUUUUGGUGAUUGAAGCUGCUCUUUUUUCCUUUUGAAAUCA